UUAUCGUUUAAUGAAUAGUAAAGUGAUAAUGAAUGGUCAAAGCAGCGAAGAUGAACCUAAUAAAAUGUCCGGAAAUAAUUUCGUCAUCAGCAACGAUAGUGUAAAAGUUAUUUCUGAGACUGUAGGCAUCUCCAAUUUAGAUGAAACAGGACUGAGCAUUCUAUCAGAGAGGACUACAUUUGUCCUUAAAUUAAUUCUUGGAGACAGCAAACAAUUUAUGGAGAAAAAUAAUCGACUAAAGUUGACGUCAGAUGAUAUAGACUUGGCAAUGAGGAACCGAGGGAUCGAACCAGUAUUUGGAUUUUACACAGGUGAACCAAUUCCUUUUCGGAUGGCAAGUGGUGGAUCAGGUAGAGAGAUUUUCUUCGAUGAUGAAAAAGAAGUGGAUUUAAAUGAUAUUAUCAGUGCCCCUCCUCCAAAAGUACCACUUGAAUGCACUAUAAAACCUCACUGGCUUGCCAUUGAAGGCAUCCAACCAUUGAUUCCUGAAAAUCCAGCCCCCAUCACGAAAAAAGUAUCUUCCGAACAAGGAACAUUGAACAUAAUUGGAAGCCAAAAAGCAGCAGAAAGUGUACUUAAUAAGAGUAAAAUUAAAUUGAAUACUGUAGAAAAGGUUCGUAUAAAAGAAGUGACAACUCACGAACUAUCCAUAGAACAACAGCUUUACCUCAAAGAAAUAACAGAAGCUUGUGUGGGCUCCGAUGAAAACCGGCGCAUAGAGGCACUUAACAGUUUAAUGACAGACACCGGUCUAUUUCAAAUGCUACCUCGAUUGUGUAACUUCAUUUCAGAGGGUGUACGAAUUAACACUGUACAAAACAAUCUUGCAUUGCUUAUUUAUUUAAUGAGAAUGACAAAAUCACUUGUAGAUAACCAAAGUUUGUCAUUAGAAAAAUACCUUCAUGAACUCAUACCUCCUAUAUUUUCUUGUAUUAUAAGUCGACAGCUAUGCAUCCGUCCUGACAGUGACAACCACUGGGCUUUGAGAGAUUUUGCUGCAAGACUUAUUUGCCAAGUGUGUAAAAAUUUCAAUACAAGCACUAACCAACUUCAAAGUCGAAUAACGAAAAUGUUGUCAACUACUCUUCAAAAUGAAAGUGCUCCACUGGCUACUCAUUAUGGGGCCAUAAUAUGUUUAGGAGAGUUGGGUCAGGAGGUUGUGAAAGCUUUUGUACUUCCUCAUUUAGUUCAAAUUUCUGAAAAAUUGGCAUCUGUCUUGGAGAACUCCUUAGGAAUGCUAAUAAUUUCAAACAUAGAUAGAAUAGCAGCUGAGCAUAUCAAGACAGCUGUCCUUAAAAUUGUUCCUCCAGUGCUUCGUCAGGUAAAAAAUUCUCCUGAUAGUGUAGAGGAAUAUAAACAAGAUCAUGGUUUGUACUUGGGGCCGUUAUUACAUUCCGCUGUUUUGAAACUACGA